AUGCCAAGAGGUGAAUCGACAUCAGCUGGUAAAAAUAAAUUACGUCUAACUUUACCACAGGUACCAAAAGAGUUCGUGGAAAACAGUGACAAUGAAAAUGGUAUCCUCGAUGUAUGUAUCGAAUCUUUAGAAAAAGACUUGGAACAACUUGAUUGCACCGAUAAACAAAAAGAUCGGAUGGAAGAAUUUUUCAAUUCAAAACGUGCUAUUGGAGAAUUAAAACAUGAUGAUCUUGUCAAUAUAUGUGAAUUAGGCCAAGGAAAUGGAGGUAUUGUUUGGAAAAUUCGUCAUAAACUAACAGAUAAGAUAAUGGCCAGAAAGUAUUGUACGUUUACGAAUAUUGAUGAUCAUUGGUGUAAUUGGUGUCAAUGGUUUUGGAAUUCUCUUUCACCGAAAAAGGGAAUCUACUUAGAAGUUAAACCAGCAGUGAAAAAUCAAAUCGUUCGAGAACUUAAAGUACUUGAUCGAUGCAAUUCACCCUAUAUUGUUGGAUUUUAUGGAACGUUUGCAGCUGAAGGUCAAAUUAAUAUUUGCAUGGAAUAUAUGGACGGUGGUUCAUUAGAUUUAAUUUUGAAGAAAGUCAUGCGAAUUCCAGAACAUAUUCUUGGUAAAAUUACUGUUGCUGUUCUUCGUGGUUUAAGUUAUUUGAGAGAACAUCAUCGAAUUAUGCAUCGAGAUAUUAAACCAUCAAAUAUUCUUGUUAAUCAUCAGGGAGAAAUAAAAUUAUGUGAUUUUGGUGUUAGCGCACAACUAAUUGAUUCAACAUUACAAACAUUUAUUGGUACCCGUUCGUAUAUGUCUCCUGAAAGACUUGAAGGCGCUCAUUAUGGAAUAAUGAGUGAUAUAUGGUCGUUAGGCCUUUCACUUGUUGAAAUGGCUCUUGGUCGAUAUCCGAUUCCACCACCAUCAAUAGAAGAUAUUGAUAGAUUAUUUGACGUAGAUCCCGACGGAAAUCAAUCAAGACCAGAAGGAUACGGAUGUUAUAAAGUUUUAGCAAUAUUUGAAUUGAUGGAAUGGAUUGUUAAUGAAGCACCACCAUCAUUGCCAGAAAAACAUUUUUCUCCUGACUUUUGUGAUUUUAUUGAUCGUUGUUUAAAAAAAAGCACAACAGAAAGAGCUGAUUUAAAUACACUUUUGCAUCAUCCAUUUUAUAAACGAUAUGCAACAGAGAGUGAUAAUCAAGAUGUUUCUCUGUGGAUAGAGCAAGUACACCAAAAAGAUCAAAGCCUAACAAACGAUAAUGAUAACAACCAAUAUGGUAGAAGUUAA